AUGGAUGCACUCAUCUGGAAUAUAAGGUCAGUAAACAUACAAAAAGCUUUUGAGAGGCUGAUCAAAAUGCGUAGGCAGCAUCAUUUUGAAUUUAUAGGAUUAAUGGAGCCAAUGCAACAAGCUAGAAAAUUGGAAAGGUAUAGAAGGAAAAUUGGUUUUGCGCAGGCAAUUGCAAAUGUUUCAAACAAGAUAUGGGCUUUCAUUGAUGAAGUAUUUGAUGUUACCAUUCUGUAUAACAUGGUUCAGCAGCUGACUCUAAGGCUAUUUCAUACUGAAACACAUGUAGAGCUUAUUCUUACCUUGGUAUAUGCUAAAUGUGAUGCCAUUGAGAGAAUAAAAUUAUGGGAUUCAAUGUAUGCCAUGGCAAGGGGCAUGUCUGUGCCAUGGCUUGUAGGUGGAGAUUUUGAUGUCAUUUGGGAUGAAGAAGAAAAGUUUGGUGGACUGCCAGUAUCCUUGAAUGAAAUAGAUGAUUUUCGGCACUACAUCAACACUUGCAACUUAUUUGAUCUUGGCUCCAAAGGUAGUAUUUUUACUUGGUGGAAUGGGAGGGCAGAAGAGGGUUGUAUCUUCAAGAGGCUGGAUAGAUGUCUAGCUAAUGUUGAAUUUCAGCAAACAUUCCCAGGAAUAGAAGUAACACAUUUGUCAAAGAUAGGCUCAGAUCAUAGUCCUAUGCAAUUGAAAUGUGACAUAGAGGCUCCUCCAGUGAAGAAACCUUUCAGGUUCCUUAAUUUUGGGUUGAGCAUGAGUCAUUUAAAGAUGUUGUGA